CCAACUAACAGAUGACACUAUAGUCUUCUGAAGACGUCACUUUAAGGCGUCUGUCCCACCCCUGACGAUACCUCUCGAGUCUCGUUAUAAAAUUGGUAAAACGUAUUGAUAAAUGUUAUUAAAUAUUAGUAAAAUUUUACUAGUUUACGUCAAACAUAAAUCAAUACUUAGGUUUAAAAUAACUUUAUUCUCAUUAGGACCUAUUGUCACUUACAUGAGAAAUUAAUAUUUUACAAAUUAAACUUAACAACAAUGAUUUUGGUAGGUACAGAAUACAUACAAUAAAGGUACAUACUUGAAAGUUGUGAUAUAAUAAAAAUGGGAAAAGAAGCCGGUAAUGAUGCAUUUCAGCGUAUUAACUAUUUAUACCAAAUAAGCAAAGAAGUUACAGAAAAAAAUCCAGCACUAGGAGCAUACUACAACAAAUUGAUUAUUAAUGUUGCAAAGAAGAAUGUUCUCAAAAUACACCCCGAUAUAAAGAAGCAAUUAUGUAAGAAAUGUCAUGCUCUGACAAGUAUUCAAUUAACUAAGUUGAAGUGUAAAAAUAAUGUAAAAUAUAUUCCAACUAAAUGUAAAAUCUGCAAUAUGGAAAGGAAUUUCAUCAUAGAUAAGAAAAAAGAUAGUAUUUGGUUAGACAGACCAGAAGCAGUUCUAAAAAUAAUAAAUUAAGUUUUUAUAGUUUGUUUUUUACCUCUGCAAUACAAGUAGGAUGAAGUAUUGAAGAAGGGCUAAAGGAAUUUAUUGAAAGCAUACCAAGUCGCUUAAAUAUGAUUGAUGCUGUAAAUAUUUAUCUAGGAGUAUGUAAUAUUCAAGAAGCACAGCAGAUACACAGCAUAAGAGACAUAGCUAGAGUAAUUACAGAAUAUAAUACCAUGUUACUAAAAACAGGUUCAGAACAAGUAAGAAUCAUAGCUUCUUACAGCCACCCAGUGCAUGACUUCUUGUUACUCUCCACUUGUCAAAGAAUCUAGGCCAUGUUAUCGCCACUGAUUAUGACCAACCAUCUACUCGGACUAAAGUAUUGGCAUUGCUCAGCUACAGCAUGACCAGGUUAUUGUGAGUCUCCACGCACCAAUUGCACAAUGAAAUGGACAACUGCUCAAUAAUGUUUGGCCGCCCAGGCUAGUUGAUUUUGCAGUCAAGACUGUUCAUGCCAUUGCAGUAAUGUGUGAAUAAUACCUGUGAUAUAAGACUACUUGAACACUGAAUGAGUGAGGCAACUGAGGGUUUUUCAAAAGUGGGAGAGUCACACUGUCUAUCUCUUCAUCACAAACAGGCCAGACCUGUCCGGAUUAAGUACCACAUUCGCAACAAUGACAGGCGUGAAGUAGAGGCUAGUAGUGUUUGCAUUGCAUUAAAACCCAAAUUUGCGUCACUAGAAAGUAUUAUAAGUGAUUUAAAAUCCAAAAUAUUGUAAAAAUUAAAUAAAAAAAGUUUUUAAUCUAAGUUGAAUAAACGUUAAUAUGAAUUAAAAA